AUGGUGGACAGACCAAACAAGCCGUCAGCUUUGGCUACCACUCCAGGUCUACCUCCCCAGCCGCAGGUGACCAUCUCAGAUGGUAGCUCCCGUGUCUCGGCUACUCUUUCCACGGGAGAGAGUGUUGAAGUCUUGCUCUUCGGCGCUACUGUCCUCAGCUGGAAGGAUGCUGCGGGGAAUGAGAAGUUGUGGUUGAGCAAGGAUACGAAGCUAGAUGGGUCUAAAGGCGUUCGCGGAGGUAUUCCUUUGGUGUUUCCGUUAUUCGGGCCUGCAACCCCCAACCAUGAAGCUACCUCAAAGCUGCCCCAGCAUGGGCUUGCUAGAACUGCUCGAUGGGAGUUUCUGGGGAAAUCUACCAGUGAAGGCUCCAGUUCCAGCUCCAGCGUAAAGCUUGAUUUUGGUCUCUCAUCUGAUUCUCUUGCCGAACAUACCAAGGCUCUUUGGCCCUAUAAGUUUGGUUUACUAUACAGCGUUACCUUAGAUCGGGAGAGCUUGACUACGACGCUUGUCAUAACUAAUGAUGGCGAAGAGCCUUUUGAUUGCCAAAUGCUGCUACAUACAUAUUUCAACAUCAAGGACAUAUCUGCCGUCCAAAUCGCUGGGUUGGAAGACUCCAAGUAUGUUGACAAGGUAGAUGGAGCCAAGACCAAGACCGAAUCUUCAUCGCCGGUGACAUUCUCUGGUGAAAUGGACCGUGUUUACACUCCGGCCAAAGGUCCUGGACACCCCAUUGUCAUUUCUGAUACCGGCCGCCCUUGCUUCCGGAUUGUCAGAGAUAAUCUUGACCAAGUUGUUGUGUGGAACCCUUGGAUCGAGAAAGCCCAGGGGAUGUCCGACUUCGCUCCCAAGGACGGCUAUAAGAACAUGGUUUGUGUCGAAGCAGGGAGUGUUGAUGGCUGGCAAAAAUUGGACAAGGGUGACGCCUUUGAAGGUGCCCAAACUAUUUAUAUUUUGUAA